GCCUCUUUAAGAAAAUCCCGAAUUUCAUAACAACGUCGUCAAAGUUUUAUACUAAACACAGUUAAAAAAUAGUUCCAAAACAUCAUCAGAACUUAUCGUGACAUAAAAGUCACAGGCUUUGCAUACGUGUUUCAUAAGAAAAGGAAGGAAAAAAACAAGUUAACUUUCCUCCACACCUCCAGCCUAAAACGAUUAUUUCAGUAACAGUCGUCCAGUACCGACAUAUUUCCGGAAGUGCUAAUAUUGGAUCAGAUGUGGAGAUGUUUGUAAGCUGGCUAAAAAAAAAAAAAACUGUCUUCAUGAUGUCACAGUGUGUCUGGCUGUUAUUGAUAUAAGUAUCCUGACAUCUGGCUGUAAGCAGCUGCGAACCAGUGGGAAGAAAUAAACACAAGGUAAUUGAUCACCCUACACCCAAGGAAGCCUAAUUCAAAAGCAAGAAGGAGCAGUCAUCAUGAAUAGCCAAAACGUUGUGACUCUGUUGCAGCAGUGCAAACAAGCACUGAAUGCAAUGUUGUCCGGUCCAUCUGAGCCAUCUGAAGAGAACAAGAAAGAGUAUCAGUGUUGUGAAGCGUCACUCUCUGUUGAUCUGAAAAAACUUCUUCAGGAGGCGAAGGAAAUGAAGUGGCCCUUUGUCCCAGAGAAGUGGCAGUAUAAACAAGCUGUACAGCCAGAAGACAAAAUAAACUUGAAAGAUGUCAUCAGUGCAAGUCUGCCUGAGCUACUGGUUUAUUUGAAAGCUUCUGUCAUGGUCAGGGACUGUACAACAGCAGCUGCCAUUGUGUUUCUGAUCGACCGCUUCCUCUAUUGGGUCGAUGCUUCCAGCAAACUUCUGCAGGUUGCUAAGGCUGUGCAUGAACUGUGCCCUACAACCCCGAUUGCUCCACAGGUGGUUCUACGCCAAGCCCGCAUCUCUGUAAAUUCAGGUAAACUCCUAAAAGCUGAAUAUAUUCUUAGCAGUCUGAUAAUCAACAGUGGAGCAACUGGAUCCUGGGUAUAUGAAAAAGAGAGUGAUCGUAUUCUUGUACAAGCAGUUAGCAUUCAGAUCCGAGGACAGAUUCUACAGAAGCUUGGAAUGUGGUAUGAAGCUGCUGAGUUGAUAUGGGCUUCAAUUGUUGGAUUUUCAGAACUUCCACAAAUAGACAAAAAGGGAGUAAGCACUUCCUUGGGCAUUCUGGCUGACAUAUUUGUCUCAAUUGAUGAUGAAGAUUACCAGCGAUUUAAAGAAAAGCCUUACAUUGACCUGAGCAUGUUGAAAGAAUUUGACCAUCGCCUUUUGGCUGCAGCAGAAGCAGCAAAGCUGGCAGCGGUGUUCACACAGUACACUCCUCUGUUUGUACUCAUUAAUGUGAAUAUCCGUGGAACAUGUUUACUUUCAUACAGCUUUUCAAGUGAUUGCCCGUCACAAAAGAGAGAAUUAUAUCUGUUGGAAGCUAAGGAGUCAUUUGAAAUUGGUCUUCUCACCAAAAAGGAUGAUGAGCCUAUCACAAGUAAACAAGAGCUUCAUGGUUUUUUGAAGGCAGCUUUUUCUUUGACAGUUGUCCAUGAACAGCUGAACAGUAAAAUAGAAGCACUUAGUCAAGUAAGGCAAAUGUGCAAAGAGGCUCUUCAUAAUUUGUAUCAGUAUACUUGUUUACCAGAAGGUCAGAAAAAGUGGACAUUAGCAGAAGAAAUAAUGAAACUGGUAAAAAUGAUAAAGGCCAACUUGAAAGUGCAGAAUUUUCCUAAUUCUGAUGAUAGGUCAUAUGUUCCAGAUUGUUACAAAAACUGUGCAGCGCAACCCAUUGUGUAUGGUAGUGUCACCUUUAAUAAGGUGUUAGAAAUGCAUGCUCAGUACCAUGCUACAACAUGCCAAGUAUUUAAACGUAAAUGCAGAGAUGAGAAAUAUAGACAUGCAUUAGGCCCUGGGCCUUGCAUAACUGCUUUGAAAACUGAAACAAGAAGUAUUGACACAGCCUGUAUUACUGAAGACAGUAGCUUCUCUGAUGGAGUCACAAACAGUAGCUGCAAAGAUGGGACUGAUAGUAAAAGUCUAAAAGAUAAAGAAAGUAAAAAACUGCCUAUGCGGCGACAAGAUGCUUUUUCACAGGAUGAAACAGCUGAAAGCAAUGAAUCUGUUGAAAAUAAAAAAGUGACACCCAAUCUUCCUGACAGAUCUCUUAGUGGAAGUCACAAUUCCAGUUCACUGAGCAGCUGGGAAGAUGUCAGUGGUGAUGCUGGUCUUGCUGUACCUCCUGAUUGGGUUUCAGUGGACACAAACUGUCCUACAGCCUGUACAGAUGAAGCCACCAAAGAUAUACAAGACAGAAGGUCUGUAUCAGUCGAUACAGAUAUGCAGCAACUUUCACUUCACAGUACUGGAGAAGACCAUCCAGGCAUUUCUCAUUCUUGUUUCGAAGCCGGGUCUUUUAGUGAUACUGUUUCAUCCUUUAGUAAAAGACUAAAGGAAGAUAUCAGCUCAGUGGCAGAGAACACUAAACAUGACAGUAAUAAGAUGCAUCGGGAAAACCUUGAUUUAUUACCAGCUACAACCACUCCUACAGAGGUGGAGCAUGGUGGGAGAACAUCUGCUUCCUCAGAAGAAUUAAACUCCUUUGAGGUAAUUGAUACUGAAGCAGAUACUGUUGAUGACUUAGAAGUCAACAGUAAGAAAUGUGGUGUUACUGAUGUUGUAUCAAGACCUGAAAUGCCAGGCAAGCCGGUGUCAUCUCUGGUUGAUUGCCAUACACAUUUUAAAAUAGGUGAUGUUAGUUGUGAUGCAACUACACAGGAUGAAACUCAAGACCCAAGUGAGCUUAAUAUUGUAAGCAGUGCUACAAACCACAUUUCCGUUAUAGGCGACCCUUUUUACAUUGAUGAGUCUUUAAGAAAAAAUAUCCCUCUCUCAUCCCCAUUAUGGGACCCCUCUGAAGUCAGUGCAGUUGACACCCAAGCAGAAACAGCUGAUGAUCUGGGGAAUACUUCUAGUGCAGAAGGUUAUUUUCCUGUAUCUCCCCCUGCUGUGGCUCUUCCAAAACAAAACAGCAAUGAACUAGUCAGGAAGGAUGACUCUCUUGAGGACUUUCCUCUGCGAAAUGACUUGGGUGACAUGGAUACAGAAGUAGAUGAAGAUAAUCAAAUCAGUAAUUUCUUGAGCAGUAGUCAAAGUUCCACCUCUUCAUUCAGAUCAUGGCACAAAGUAUCACGUUUAAGCAACAGUUUUUCAAUAGAGAGUCAUUCAUUUCUGAAUUCCAGUGGAGAUUCUUUUGAAUUUGUGCCCAGGAAUCUAGAAGCUUGCAUUUUACAUGAGGAUGAUUACAGGAGCCUUUUGUCAGGAGUACAUCAUAGAUGGCUGCUACAGCGACUUCAAGACACAGGAAUAUUCAAACCUGGACAACACGGUGAAGCUUAUGAUGCUCUUCUUUUAAAGUACUCCAAGAAAUCAGACCUUUGGACAGCACAGGAAACAGUUAUUCAGCUGGGAGACUAUCUCAGAUGUGACAAAAAAGGUGUACAAAGAAAUGCCUUUUGGAUCCAUUUUCUACAUCAAGAGGAAUCAGUUGGGAGAUAUGUUGGAAAGGAGUAUAAGAAAGCAAAAGAACUCCACUUCCACUUAAAUGAUGUAGAACGUCAGACAACAGCACAAUACUAUGUGACUGAAUUUAACAAAAGGCUCUAUGAGAAGAAGAUUCCCACACAGAUGUUUUACAUCCCUGCAGCUGUCCUUUUGAUUUUGGAAGGCAGAGAAAUAAAAGGCUGUAUCAGUGCAGAACCUUAUAUGCUUGGAGAAUUUGUUAAGCUCACCAACAACACUAAAACUGUAAAGAAAUAUGGUGCAACCGAGUAUGGACUGGCCUUUGGGCAUUUUACUUACCAGUUUUCCAACUGUAAGGAAAUUGUGGUUGAUUUACAAGGAUGGGUGACAGAUGAUGGAAAGGGACUCAUCUACCUGACUGAUCCUCAGAUUCACUCAGUCAGUCAAGGGAAGUCACGCACCAAUUUUGCUCACAAAGGAAUCGGAUAUUUCUUUGAACAUCAACAUGUGGAAUGCAAUGAUAUUUGUCGUGAGCUGUUAUUAACUAGGCCCAAACCAGUAUGGGUCGGUAAUUAAGACUGUAAAGCAGGAGGGUUCACUGACUCAUUCUGUACCUGCACAGAAAAACAGUCACUUUAUCUUCCAGUGCCUUAGUUUCUCUAAGAAAACUUCAGUAAUGUGUUAACACUGUCUUAUUUAAAUUGUAAAUUAAGGAAUUACAUACAAUUCCUUUUACUUCCUAAGUUAAAAUGUGGAACCUUUAAGAGAUAAUACAUUGCUUUUGUUUUAUUUACCUUUGUGACUAUGUGUCAUCUUGAAGAUUUUUUAUUUCUCUUAUCCUCAUCAAUAACAAAUGCAAGGUAAAAGCCACUGAAUAUUGUUAAAAGAAAUGGUUAUCCUAAGUGGUAUUUCCUGUUGUGUUAUACGUAUGUGCGUGUGUCUGUCUGUCUGCAUGUGUGUCUAUACAUGUAUAAGCUGAGCAGGGCUGAUCACACUUCUUUACUUCAAGUAACGUUGCCCUGGCCAUCCUGUAGGAUCUUAAGAUGCUUCCACUCAAGCUGAGAAGAAUAUUUUAUGUUAUGUCCUGGGACUGCCUGAGGUCCUUCUGUCACUAGGUUGUGUGUGACACACCUCCUGCAGUAGUUGCACAAGCCACCUCAUCUGGCUUCUGUCACCUACAGGUGCACCAUUAAUCUGCAUUGAUAUCUUCUUGGAUUAAUGAUUUCUUUGUUCUGUAAUGGAGAUUGAGUCCAGCUACCCCAUAAAAGAGCCUCAUUUCCAGUAACAUAGCAAGGGUGGAGCAAAUGGGGGCAUGUGCUGAGGGUGCAAUCUCAGGGUUGAAAUGUCAGUACAGAAGGCAACUUGUUGUGCUGUUGCUGGUAGGAAGGAGGCAUGCCUGGGAGACAGCAUGUAUUUCAGACUGCUGUGAGCAGUAUAUUAGAGAGUUUUCUUUUCCUUUUUUUUUUGCUUCUUCCAAUGAAGAGCUGCUAGGGAGGGGGUGUGCCUGGGAGGGGGUGUGCACUUCAGACUGCCAUGAGGAGUCUAUUGGAGUGUUUCCUUUUUCUUUUUCCCCCCUUGACAAUGAGCAAGUAGGUGGGGUGAUAGUUUAGGAUCUGGCACAGGGUGCUGGAUGAGCCAGCUACACCUCUGCUCAUUUCCUUUGCUUGUACCUGCAUCUCAUUCUUUUGGGCACUGACCAUAGGUGAGGAUGAGGACACGGACUAAUAAUUGGAGAACAUCAUCCUAUGGGAUCACCUGUCACUUCACCACUGCGGUCCAGAAGACCAGCAGUAUUGCUGCUGCUGCUACACCCAUCUCCCUAUUCCAUAUGAUCCCAAUAUACUUAAAGGGAUCCACUUGAAGGGUGCUGAUUUUCAUUCCGACCACUUCAUACUCUGUAUCAAACUGCUCCAUUUUACAUCAGAAAUCAUAAUCACUUGAUGUCAGGACAGUAAGCUCAUCGUGAAAAUAACAAAGAUUAUAGCCCUCAUGUCCUGAAAGUGGAAUCUAUCCAAACUUUAGCUCGGCAUUGAUAUUCUGUCCAUGAUAAUGAUGACAGGGAGGAGAGAGAGGACACACCUGUGCUGGAGUCCUGCACAUGUCUUUAUUGCACCUGACUUUAUGCUGAGAAUAUGGACACAACUCUUACUCUACAAAUACCUGUUCUAAAUGACAUGCAAAGCAGCCCUAAGAUUAGCACUACUGUAGCACCUCUUAUAAUAGUGUUCACUGACAUGUGGUAAUGUAACUUCUGUAGGUUCACAAAAAAUGUUAGUAAUGCUGGCAAACUCCUGUGACCUCUUCAGUCUUUAUGCAAUGACAGACAGCUUAUCCACUCACCCAUGACCAGGAUGAAAUCCACAUUGAUAUUCCAAAAUCAGAGAACUGAUGUUCAUGCAAAUUCUCCUUUCCAGCACCCUCAUGUAGGCAUUGACAGGGAUGCUGAAGAUUGUAAUUGUUAUGUACAGGAUCAUAGGAAGUUGCUAGACUAAGGGCCCUCGAGCCUUUUUAAGCCUAGCCAUUCAUGCCUCAUUUUUUCCGUGUUAUCAAUACCCAUGGGCUAGAACACCUUUGGUAUAUGCCUGUGCAUUACAAGCCUUCCUCCCCCUUUCUGGAAAAGGGGAAAUCCACCCCAGUUUAUCAUUACAAAGGUAUCCCCACCUUCUAUGUAACAUUGAAAGGGCGCAGUAAUAGUACCCUACACCUUCAACAUUUUCAGAUAGCUGUCAUCCAUUCCCAUAGCCUUGCAACCACAGAAGAUUGUAAUCACUGCAGUGAGCUCAUCAACAGCAUGCACACUUAUGUUUGCAACAUACACAUUUAUGUCUGCAACAUACACACUUAUGUCUACAGCAUGCACAUUUAUGUCCAGCAUGUAUACUUAUGUCUGCAACAUACACACUUGUGUCUGCAACAUACAUUACGUAGAGUUUUUAUGUAAAUAAGUUUACCUACUAUAUACUGGCACUGGAAUAGGUUGUGUAUUGCAAAAUUUAAUGUUCUGACCUUCAGUACGUUUCUAGUAAAUGGCAAGGUCCAACUUGUAAAGCUGAACACAACCAACCCUUUAGUAUUUGCUUGUACAAUAGACUGUUUCUGUUUUAUCACCCUUAGAGGACAAGAGCUGCAGUCUCCCUAGCAUUUCUAGAGAUACAUAUGCAUUUCAAACAGUAUAACACAGAUAGUUUUGCAUGGUAUGUUUUCAGGCCUGUAUAACUUAUAACCGAAUGUUACAGUUCUUCUCCUGAUGUCAGUAACACUGCAUAUAUUAUUGUUUUCUGUGGUAUGUUUUAAACUAUAGUUGUUAGAAAACACGAUAACAGAGUGAAACUGACAAAAUGUGUUCACAGCAUUAUAUACACAGAAAAAAAUGAAUGCUGCCAAAGAUACAUCCUAACCACCAAUGCAGAAUCUCUGAUAUCUGCCAGCUGCACAGUAAAACCACUGAAGUACAUGAUCAUUGGUAUGCAAAGUAUGGUGUCUCUCACUGUACAGCACAUCUCACUGUACAGCCAUGUCCGACCCAGUUUUGCUUGACAUGCUUCAUCU